UGCGCCAACCCGAACUCGACGAGGCGAUAGCACCGCUACCUCUAGCUUCGAUUACCAACCUAGACAGCUCUACCUCUACCUUUCCACAGACAGCUAUCACCAUGUCGGCCCAGAACUCGGCGGGUAUUCAGCUCCUUCUCGAUGCUGAGAGGGAUGCGGCCAAGAUUGUCCAGAAGGCCAGAGAGUACCGCACAAAGCGCGUCCGCGAAGCGCGCGACGAAGCCAAGAAGGAGAUAGAAGCGUACAAGGCGCAGAAGGAGGCCGAGUUCAAGAAGUUUGAGGCUGAGCACACACAAGGAAACAAAGCCGCCCAAGACGAAGCCGACCGCGAAGCCGAGGCGCGCAUCCGCGAGAUCAAGGAGGCCGGCAACAAGAACCGCGAACAGGUGAUCAAGGAUUUGUUGCAUGCUGUGUUUACCCCUGUUCCUGAGGCUAUGGCUGCCCACUAAGACAUUGCCGAUUGGACGAAAGAAAUGGGUCGAUGGUGGUGAUCGGAGGAUGAUGUUGAUGUUGGAGUAGGCUGGGCUAGCCCGCUGAACGGCGAGGGGCCGCGGCUUUUGGCGGGCGGGUGGGCGUUUUUGUCAUGAAUGCAUGUUAGGUUGGUAGACGGAGCUCGUUAAGUUCAAUUUGUGCCUGGUAUCACUAUCCUAUUUUUCUUCUAUGGUGAUUAUUACGUG